AUUUAUCAAAAGAAAUUAGGAAAUUCGUGCAGUUAAAGAAAAUACCCUAUUGACCUAGAUUAUAAAGUAAAGGAAAUAGAUAAGUCCAAUGAACCAAAACACAACUGAAGUGAAGGAAUAAAAUAUUAUUGAAAUAAUCGGAAAUAGUUUCGAUUUAGUGUUUAUACAGAAAAAAUAUAUCCAGUCUAGUAGCUCUUCCAUGAAGUAAAUGAGUUGGAAUCCCUGGAAAAAACUUCAGAGACAUGGAUCAAAAUCUUAUCUCGUGCAAAGACAGGAUGAGAUAGUGCUUGAGAAGCAUGUUUCUAAACUGGAACAGUUAGAAAACACAACUAAGAAACUGUACAAGGAUGCUAAAAAAUAUGAAGAUUGUAUUCUUGAAGCAAACCGCACUGAAAAAAAGAUGACAUCAGAUUUAUCUAACAGUAUGCUUUGCCAUGAAGAAGAAAAAUUAAGAGAAUUACUUGAAGAAUGGCAUUCUUAUAUUUCACAAGUCAAUGCGUUUGAUGAAGAUCUUGUAUUAGUGACUCGGCGCACAGUUGUAGAACCUAUGAAAAAGUUUCAGGGAGUGUUUUCUGCUACUAGAAGUGCUUUAAGGAAACGGGAUCAGGCCAUGCAGGAAUGUGAGAAGGCUCGACAGAAAGUGCAGAAACUUCAAGAAAAAGAAAAAACUGGUCCUAAUAUAGUAAAGCUUGAAGCUGCACGGCAGAAUUUGGCAAAUUUAGAGGAAGACUUCAAAGCCCAGGACAGAUUGUUGAAGUCAGAGUUACCUCUAUUAAAUGAAGGAAGAAUAGAUUAUUUCCAACCUUGUUUAGAGGCUUUAAUUAAAGCUCAAGUCGAGCAUAGUGGCAAUUCUGUCAAUUUAUUUGCUGAGACUAUUCCAAGUUUGAAAAAUGGAACUGAUUUGACUGAAAUGGAAUUGAGACAGCAACAAAAUCAAAGAUUUGCACAAAUUCAUGCACUAUCCAUAGUGGGAGAAAGUUAAUCAUCAUGUUUUAUGAAAAUAAACAUUUAUAUUUUA